GAAGCUCUCAGACAGAGCUCGGGAGUGUACAGCAGUAGUAAAUGGAGGAGCAUGCUUUAGCUUCUUCAGCUUUUGCUCUUAAGCUUAAUACUAAUAAGCUUAUAAGGCUUAAGCUGGUGUUAGUGUUGUUGUGUUUUUCCUUUCUCACACGUUUUUCGCUUUCAGAAGUCAUUUUUGAAGAGAGCUUCCAAGAUGGGUGGGAAAGCCGUUGGGUUAAGUCAGAUUGGAAAAAGAGUGAAGGAAAAGCAGGUUCUUUUAAACAUACAGCUGGAAAGUGGUCGGGAGAUCCAGAUGAUAAAGGUAUUCAGACAUCUUCUGAUGCGAAACAUUAUGCCAUAUCUGCAAAGAUACCAGAUUUCAGCAACAAGAACAGAACAUUGGUCGUUCAAUAUUCUUUAAGACUUGAGCAGGAUAUUGAAUGUGGUGGUGGCUACAUAAAGCUUCUCUCUGGAUUUGUGAAUCAAAAGAAAUUUGGCGGGGACACUCCAUACAGUUUAAUGUUUGGACCAGAUAUAUGUGGCACGCAGACAAAGAAGCUCCAUGUUAUACUCUCCUACCAGGGCCAAAAUUACCCCAUGAAGAAGGAUUUAGAAUGUGAAACAGACAAGCUUACUCAUUUUUAUACAUUUAUUCUUAGGCCUGAUGCAACAUAUAGCAUCUUCAUUGACAAUCGGGAAAGGGAUUCUGGAAGCAUGUAUACAGAUUGGGAUAUUCUUCCCCCACGGAAAAUUAAGGAUGUCAAUGCGAUAAAGCCUGCAGACUGGGAUGAUAGGGAAUAUAUUGAUGAUCCUAACGGCAUCAAACCUGAGGGAUAUGACUCAAUUCCAGCCGAAGUGCCCGACCCAAAAGCUAAAGAGCCUGAUAAUUGGGAUGAAGAAGAGGAUGGUAUAUGGAAGCCCUCAAAGGUACCUAAUCCAGCAUAUAAAGGACCAUGGAAGCGCAAGAAGAUUAAAAACCCCAACUAUAAAGGGAAAUGGAAGAUUCCUUGGAUUGAUAAUCCAGAGUUUGAAGAUGACCCUGAUCUUUAUGUGCUUAAGCCAAUCAAGUAUGUGGGAAUUGAAGUUUGGCAGGUUAAGGGUGGGUCAGUUUUCGACAACAUUUUGAUCUGUGACGACCCAGAUUAUGCGAAACAAGUUGUUGAGGAAGUAUUUGCCAAUAGGGAGGUUGAAAAAGAAGCAUUUGAGAAAGCAGAGCAAGUGAGAAAAGCGCGAGAGGAAGAGGAAGCUCAAAGAGCAAGAGAAGAAGGUGAAAGGAGGAGAAGAGAGAGGGGUCAUGAUCAUCGCUACCGAGAUAGAUAUAAGGACAGAUACAGAAAGUAUCAUCGUCGUGAUCACUUGGAUGAUUAUCAUGAUGAGCUUUAAUGGCAGUACGUGUGGCUCUUUCCUCUCGUCCUACUUGGUCGGCACAAGAGUUUAUUAUUAAUGUAGCUUAUAAAAACACCGAAUGCUUACCAACAAAUUACUUUCUAUGCAAAUCCCUUUUCGCUUGCUAAA